CUCACGAGUCGAGGGUUUCUCUCCUGCGCGGCGGCUACCUCUCUCCACGGCGGCGGCGGGCGAUCCUGCAGAUCCCGCGGCUCCCUCCGCGAUUCGAGUCAGACUCAGAUGGGGGAAGGCACAGAGAGCGGCGGCGGGGCGACCACAGCGCCGCCUCUGAGGUAUAUAAGGUGCUACAAGUGCGGGUUCUGCGACGUGGUCCGGUCCAAGAAGUGCUUGCUCCGCGCCCACGUGCUUGAGCACCACAAGGAUGAGGUGGAUGCUUUGGGGGGUUACUGGGAAGGUGGAGAUGCUGGUCCGCGCAAAGAGAUCAGCCGUGCGUGCGAACAGUGCGGGAUGAGCUUCAAGAAGCAGGCGCAUCUGAAGCAACAUAUGCAGAGCCAUUCGCUCGAGGUACUGAUCUGGCUGCUUAUGUUGGGUUUUUUGGUAUAUUGCUCAGUGAAUGCUCAGGCUACUAGUGCUCGCCUGGUUUGUUACUAUCCGCUUAAUGUUUAUUGUGUGAGAAAAGGCCGAAAGCGAGAUACAUGCUGGUUUGACUCUUUUGGUGUGGUUGCUACAACCCUGUUAUAAUAACAAUUGGUUCGAUGGAUGACUCUGUAUACCUCAUGGUCUUUCUUUAGUCCAUUGUAUGUUAUUAUUAAUUAUGCUGACUUUUGCAGUCUGUUUGUUCAGAUACAGAUGUGUGAAGCAUUGGAUCUCAAAGAACUCCAAAAUGCGAGAAGGCCUUGAACGGACUAGUACCAGGAUGGGGAGACCCUCCUGAGAAGCUCCAUCAAGAGUUCCUUCAUUCACGCUAUUCUUCAGGUUGUGUGUUCUGAGCUAUUCUGAGCUGCUUGCUGCUUUUUUUGUUAUUAUGUUCCUGUCACAUGACAUAUGCUAAAGGUCUAGUCUGAGAUUGCGAUGCCACUUUUUUCAACAAGUUGGGCGUCUGCUGUUCUAGUCAUAUUUGAUAAUUGAUGAAUUUACACUGCAAUGCUGUUUGAGUAUAUCUAGCUGUCACCGUUUGAUGGCCCUCAUUAUUGACAGGAUAGAUUUAGCAGGCAUAGAGAGACACAAUUCCUGUUCUGCAUAGUUUAUGUGCUCGACUUUAGUUAUGUGUUCACUGAAAUGAUUGGAUCAUGAUCUUCCUUAGUUGAAUUAUACAUUUCAUGCAAAAAUCAAAUUAAUUUUCAUUUGAAGGUGAGUUAUGCGGAUACGGUGUGCUGCUAUUUGCCCCUGUAUUUGGGGACUGGUGUACGACAUUUGAUUUGCUGGUUUUUGUAGGCAAUUUGUUGACAUAUGAAUGCGUGAAGCAUUGGAUCCCAAAGAACUCCAAAAUGCGAUAAGGCCUUGAAUGGACUAGUAUCAGGAUUGGGAGACCAUCCUGAGAAGCUCCAUCAAGCAUGCCUUGUUCACGCGUUUCUUAAGAGGCCCUUUUCCUGCACUGUUGAUGGUUGCCCCUUUAGCUAUAGCAGGAAGGAUCAUUUGAACAGACAUUUACUUACUCAUGAAGGGAAACUAUUUGUGUGCCCUGUCGAAGGAUGUGGCCGUAAGUUCAAUAUCAAGGGUAAUAUGCAGAGACAUGUUCAGGAAAUCCACAAAGAUGUCUCUCCUUGUGAAAGCAAGAAAGAAUUCAUCUGUCCAAAGGUUAACUGUGGGAAGGCUUUCAAAUAUGCUUCUAAGUUAAAGAAGCACGAAGAAUCACAUGUCCAGCUGGAAUACACAGAAGUUAUGUGCUGUGAGCCAGGCUGCAUGAAGUUCUUUUCAAACAUGGAAUGCCUGAAGGCGCAUAACCAAUCUUGCCAUCAAUAUGUUCAGUGUGAUAUCUGUGGUACGAAACAGCUAAAGAAGAAUUUCCAGCGCCAUCAUCGGAUGCAUGAAGGUUCCUGCGUCACUGAGAGGGUUAAAUGCCACAUCGAGGACUGCAAAUGUUCGUUCUCGAAGAAAUCCAAUUUGGACAAGCAUGUUAAGGCGGUACAUGAGCAGCGUCGUCCUUUUGUGUGCCAAUUCUCUGGGUGUGGCAAGAGGUUUUCUUACAAGCACGUAAGGGACAAUCAUGAGAAGUCAAGCGCUCAUGUGCACACUGAGGGUGAUUUUGUCGAGGCUGAUGAGCAGCGGCCACGUUCAGUAGGUGGGUGCAAGAGGAAACCCGUAUCUGUUGAGAGUUUGAUGCGUAAGAGGGUAGCCGCUCCUGACGAUGGGCCUGCUCAUGCUGAUGCAACUGAAUAUUUGAGAUGGCUUCUGUCGGUUUGAUUGGACGUUCAAGUGCACUUUGUGUAGUUGGAAACAUCAGCGAUUUACUUGGCAUGUAUAGGAAGAUGAAUGUCUCUAGUAUGUUAUGUAAAUGUUUAUGUACGGUAUCAGAAAUACAGAUCAUUGGACCUCAAUUAUAAAGGCAAUAUGCUGUAUUGGCAAGAUCUUGAAUGUAAGAGCGGUUGCUCAUGAUCAUUAGAUCUAUGUGUCUUCAGCACAGCUUGGCAACAUGUUUUGGUAUGUUCGCAGUUGCA